GUUUCGGACUGGACACUGCUUCAGUGUGAAAGUCUGUGUGAAUGAGUCUGUGUGUACCCGCGAUGCCGGAAUGUUGUAGGGUCAUGGAACAUUGAGUGGAACUAGGGAUCAGUAUGAAGAAGGUCCCGACGCGAACCAACACCUGUGCAUUCUGACUCCAGAUGUUGCCUGAUUCGCUGGGUUCCUCCAGCACCUUGUGUUUUGAUUGAGUGGGAGUAAGCACCUUGUCCCUUUAAAAAUCCAUAUUUGAAUAUAUUAUAACUGCAUCCACAACUUUUGUAGCCGAGCCUUACUCAAUGUUAUUGGACAAGCUGCAUGUCCCAUCGUUGCGAACUGAAUAUCAUUUUCGCGUCUGAUUACGGGUCGACAUCUAUUAACGAUCAACUUGUCGAUUUACAACCAGUGGAGUUCAAAGUCCUUUUUUUUGUUGCCGAAGGAUCCAACCCCGUACUGCCUGAAUUAUCCAGUCCCUCUUUUGCGGCGGCCCGUUCCACUGACUUUGCCACUGCAUCGAGUAAAGUCAGAUUAGCGCUGGCUGCACUCUCACAGCGUGUCAGUGGGAGAGGCGGAUGACCUGAAACCUCUUUCAGUGACUGCACCGAGUCUUGAGCGGGAGAGGAAAAAGUGCCGUCCUCCUGAGCACAUCCAGUGGAAAACAGGGCAGAAUGGAGUGAAAACCAUCUGAGUGAGCCCACCGGUUAACCCAAUGAAUCCAAGCUAAACUGGAACCGAAAGGAGCGAACCCUACACGAUGUUGCCAUCAAGCCAUGUUCUUGGAGUCGUGAAUGCCCAUGGCUGCGGUCAACACUCUGCCUAUCUAGUGAUUCCAACAACCUGUAUCCUUGUUUUCCCGUCAACAGCAAAUGCAAAAUGGGAAGCGUUGGUAGUCUGAUGGCUGAAAAGCAUGACCUCCCAUGUGAUAAUGUGAAAAGUCGCCGGAGUCGCAAUGCAUGCAAUCUCAGGCAGCCGGACGGGCUGUUUAAAAAGGGAUUGUCCCAAAGGGAGCUGUUGAACUAUCUGAACAACACCAAAAAAGGAGCAAAGGCAGAGAAAAGGGUAGCAUCUGGGAGCUCUUCCAUGGAAUGCUGCCGGAAAGAUGGACAGUUUGAGAUUUAUGGAAAGGAAAUUGAUCUUACAAAGAAUUCACUUCCUGUUGGAGGGAAAUUCGAAAAGUCACGAUUCCGACCCUCUGCAUUUAAACCAGUGGUGCCAAAGAAUUUCAGUUCAAUGCAGAAUCUUUAUCCACAACAGUCGAAGGAGAUGAGUGACAGCACAGCCAGCCUCAAUGACUUCAGCAAGACGGACCACUCACCACUGAGGAAUGGUGCUGAAAAGCAGGAUUAUUUCAGGACAGCCAGUCAAGAAGAAGGCCUGUCUGACUCUGGGCGGAACUCCAUGACCAGUCUCCCACCCUGUGGAACAGGGGUGAAGCACCAUGUAGGGCAAAUAAGCUCCUCCAUGGGCCAAAUCAACCACAUUGGCUCAAAUUGCAUUGAUGGGGGAUCCAAGGAAGUUUCAAGCUCUGACAGUGGCCGCUUCUCGUACAAGAGUAUGGCGGUCCUGAGAGGGCUGAACACCCAGGGCAACAUGUCCCCCUCCUGCGAGCUUUCGCGAUCGAUGGAAGACGUCGUCAGAGAACUGGAAGACCGACUUCACGAGAGGGAAGUGGAGCUGAAGCAUGUGAGAAGGAAUCUGAAUGAGAGCGAGGACGCCAUUGCGCAGGUGUUUGAGGAUAAACAAAGGCUGUGGGAGAAGGAGAUGGAAGAGCUCAAGCGGAUCUAUGCCAGCAAGCUGCGCCAGGUGACCCAGCAAGCCCAGCACACCCAGCGCACUCUACAGCUGCAGGUCUUCAAGAUCCAGCAGGAGAAGAGGAAGCUGCAGGAGGAUUUUGACAAGUUGUUGCUGGAAUGUGAGCAGCUCAAAAGCUGCUGUACAUCUUAUCGACAGGAGCAAGACGACUUAACCCCAAGGCUAGAGGAAACCAAAUGGGAGGUCUGUCAGAAGGCCGGUGAGAUUGCUCUGCUGAAGCAGCAGCUGCGAGACUCUCAGGCAGAGGUGGCAGAGAAACUCGGUGAGCUGUUCAACCUCAAAGCUCUGCUCCAAGAGGUCCAAGUGGAGCUCUGUACCAAAGAUGAACAGGUUUUGCUGUUGAAGAACUCAGUUCAGGAGCGACCAAAGCAAUUAGCUAAGAAUACAGAUUCCCUGCAACAGCAGGAUCCCACCUCAUUCCAAGAAGCCUCCCAGAGGAGAGUUGAUGCCCCUGAAGAGAUGAAGGGCUUGUUCAGUCGGGAGACCGAUGAUCUGAAGUCCAGAGGCUUUCACGAAGACAUCACCCAGGGUCUAGUCCUCCAGGUUGAAAGGCUGAAAGCUGAACUGCUAUUGGAACGGAGGCAGAGUGAAGCUCAAGCUGCCAGUUUUGAAAUUGAGAGGAAUAUCUGGCAAGAUGAAAAGGAAAAAGUCAUCCAGUAUCAGAAACAACUGCAGUCUAACUACCUAGAGAUGUACCAAAGAAACCAGGCCCUUGAACAAGAAGUCGAAGAGAUCGCAGCCAAAGCAGAAUUAACAGAAACUGAUGCUAAACAGAACCUACCAUGGAUUGAGAGAAUUGAAUCCUCUGAGAUAUGACAGGCAAUGAAAUGUAUUUCUAGGUCUAGGACACUAACUCUUUAAAAAAAACAUAUUAUGUGUUUCCUCAAGAUGAGCAGACAUUUUAGAAAGCACGAUGGCAGACUAUUACAUCGGGAGGAUGUUACUGACUUCCAUCUACAAAUGGAAAUGAUGUAACACAAGGAAACUUCAAAAAAUGUCAAGAAUGGAAGGUGGUAGCAGGUGUGCGAAGGGAACCGAGAACACUUGGUUCUAUAUGAUAAAAAUCUGUGAGGUGAUUGACUUUUUCCCAUGCUUGAAAAAUGGUGCAAAUUUCUGUACAUUUGCAAAUCUGACUUAAACAAUCCAUGUUUAUUUCUAAACAAGGCUUCAAAAUGUGAAAUAAUCCAAGGAUGUUAUAUAUAAUAUAUAUAAAAGUAUAUAUGUUAGAAUUGCUGCACAGAAUGGCACAGUGCAAUUCCUCGAGUACCUCUCUGAGUUAGGGUUUACUUUAAAUUUCACAUUCCACAGAUUAAUCCUUGCAGAGUUGCUAGAACAGCACAGGAAACAGGCCCAUUGGCCGAUAAUGUCCAUGCCAAUUUUUCUGAUCCAAAAAACAUUUUAAUGCUGCUAUCGUAUCUGUCUCCAUCACCACACCUGGUUGUAUGUUCUAGGCACCCACAGCUCUCUGUACAAAAAGGAAUUGACACAUGUUUUUAAAUGUUGCCCCUCUCAUCUUAAAGCAAGCACUCUAGUCUUUGACAUUUCCACCUCGGGGGGGAAAAAGCUUCAGACUCUCAAUCCCAUCUAUGCCUUUCUUAAAUUUACGUACAUCUAUCAUGUCUCCCCUUAGCCUCUUACGUUCCAUAGAACACAAACCAAAUUUCUCCAACCUAAGAGCCUUAACCCUUUAAUCAUUCUGGUAAACUGGCACCUUCUCCAUAGCCUCCACACCUUUCCUGUAGUGGGGCAUCCAAAUUAUACACAAAACUCCAAAUGUGGCUAAAUCAAAGUCCCAUGAAGGUGCAACAUGACUUCCUGACAUUUCCACCAGCAUACCAUGUGCCUUCAUUACCACUCCUACUCGUGAUGCCAUUUUAAAGGGACCCAUUGCUUUGGACCCAAAGAUCACUCUGUACAUCAAUGCCAUCUUCUGCCAUUCUUCUUCUUUCGUGUCCAUCUUCCAUGUUUCAAAUGUUGACAUCGCUGUCAUCGUCCAUCCUGAAAAGGAUGCAACAAGUGAUGGCUCCCACUGAUGUCCUGCAAUUAACUGUAUACUUUCUCUUUAGACUUUAGUAUACAGGCUUUUGGAAACAGGCCCUUCAGCCCACUGAGUCCACGCUGACCAGCAAUCACCCAGUACCUAGGGACAAUUUACUAUUUUUACCAAAGACAAUUAACCUACAAACCUGUAUGCCUUUGGUGUGUGGGAGGAAACUGGAGCACCCAGGAAAACCCAUGUGGUCAUGGGGAGAACAUCCAAACUCUGUGCAGACAGCGCCCGUACUAAGGAUUAAACCCAGGGCUCUGGUGCUGUAAGGCAACAACCCUACCAUUGCAACACCUUGCCGCCCUGCUAAUACACCCCUGAUAAUAGCUCAAGGACGCAGAACCAACCAAUCCCCGUCCACUGAUGCUCUCAUCCACCUAGCGGAGCUGGUCCUUUCGCCACAUCCAACGGGAUCCCGCCACUGGCCACAUCUUCCCAUCUCCUCCCCUGUCUGCUCUCCGCAGAGACCGCUCUCUCCGUAACUCCCUGGUCAAUUCGUCCCUUCCUACCCAAACCACCCCCUCUCCUGGCACUUUCCCUGGCAACCGCAGGAAAUGUUACACUUGUGCUUUACCUCCACCCCUUGACUCCAUUCAAGGACCCAAGCAGUCUUUCCAGGUGCGGCUGAGGUUCACCUGCACCUCCUCCAACCUCAUCUAUUGCAUCCUCUGCUCUAGAUGUCAGCUGCUCUACACCGGUGAGACCAAGCGUAGGCUUGGCGAUCGCAUCGCCCAACACCUCCGCUCGGUUCGCAUUAACCUACCUGAUCUCCCGGUGGCUUAGCACUUCAACUCCCCCUCCCAUUCCGAAUCCGACCUUUCUGUCCUGGGCCUCCUCCAUGGUCAGAGUGAGUAAAUUGGAGGAUCAGCACCUCGUAUUUCCCUUCGGCAGUUUGUCCCCCAGCGGUAUGAACAUUGACUUCUCUAAUUUCAGGUAGUCCCUGCUUUCUCCUCCCUUUCUCAGUUCUCCCUUGGCCCACUGUCUCCGCCUCUUCCUUUCUUCUUCCCGUCCCCCCCACCCCCACAUCAGUCUGAAGAAGGGUCUCGACCCGAAACGUUGCCUGUUUCCUUCACUCCAUAGAUUCUGUCUCACUGGCUGAGUUUCUCCAGCAUUUUUGUCGACCCUGAUAAUAGCUCAAUAUUCAAAGAACAAUGUUGACUUCAGCAUCUAAUAUGCUUGUGCUUUCAUGCAAGACACUGAGUCCAUCUGGUGACAAAUAUCUGCACUGCAUCCACAUUCUAAGCUGCUCAUUCCUCCACUGGCACUUCUCUCACUAUAGAUGACUGCACCAGUUAUGUUGUUGCACCAACAGCAAUCAGCAACAUCAGCGGCAAUCUUGGUUCACUUUUAAAACUUCCGUUUUAAUCAGUGUCUGUGGUAGAGAAUUAAAUAUCUGUAAAAUAAUGUUUAGUUUAUUAGUUUAGUUUAUUAUUGUCGUGUACCAAGGUACCGUGAAAAGCUUUUUUUUGUUGCGUGCUGUCCAAUCAACAAAUAGACUAUACAUAAAUACAAUGAAGCCAUCCCCAGUGUAUAGAUACAGUAUAACGUGUAUAUUAUUCCCCACUCUAGUUGAGGAGAGGGCGGUUCCAUUGCCCGAUAACAGCUGGGGGAAAAAUGUCCCUGAAUCUGCACUUAUGCAUUUUCAAACUUCUGUACCUCUUGCCUGAUGUGACAGGGGAGAAGAAUGAGUGACCAGGGUGAGACUGGUCCUUGAUUAUGCUGGUGGCCUUGCCAAGACAGUGUGAAAUAUAGAUGGAGUCCAUGGAAGGGAGGUUGGUUUGACCCAGCAUCUUAACAUUGUAUAGUUAACUGAUCCAGAUUAGUAAGCUUGCUAUUAACCAAUCAUUUAUGGCUUGAACUUUUUUGACAAACAUUUAAAUAAACUUGAUAACUUACAUUGAUA